AUGAGUGUUAUAGAGCAAAGAAAUCUUGAUCUUAAAAAGUCAUCCUCAACUCCAGUAGACGAGAUACACACUAGAAAUGAUACAAUUACUGGCAACACUGCUGCUGGAUUUAAUACUCUAAAUACUGAUGCUCAAGCAAAUCAUCAAUAAUUUAAUUACUCUGUCCAGUCCCCUUAAAAGCCCAAUCAUCGCAAGAAGAAUUCAAUAGGAGGCAGUUUCAUGGUCAAGAUGCCCCCAAGACCACCAAUGAGCAAUAGUAAGGAUGUCAAGCUACCAUUUGAAAUUUAAAUAUCCUAAUAAUUGACCUAAAGCUCAAAUAAAGAGCGAUCGUUGAGUGAUAAAAAAUCUGUCUAAGACGAUGAGCAAGUCUCAAAUUUUAUCACAUAUGAUCAGUAGCACGUGAGAAACAAGAAAAUGCAGAGGUUUAAGAAUAUUAUGCACAUUAGAAAUACCAUAUCUCAUUCCGAAAAUGCUAGAAACCAGCAACACCAAUAACAGCCUAGUUUAAUCGAUUAAUCUCUAAUCAAUAAUGAUCUGAUAAGUACUCCAAAGUACAUAAACUUAUCGCAGAAAAGCGUUUUACCUAACUUAACUGUUGUAGAUAAAUCAUAGCAAAAUCAAAAAUAAUCAUAGCCUACUUAAUUGAAUUAAAGUGCCCACAACUUUUAGCCCAUUCAAGUAAACAUCCGCAAGCAGCUCAAAUUGAAUAUGUAGCAUAGAGCUCAACAUUCCUUUAACUAAUCCUCAAAGGACUCAUUUCACAUUAAGGAUUCACAUAUCUUGAAUCUAGAUAUGACGAAUAGGGCCAAUGAUUCUUAGCAUAUAAAUUAGCUUCAUCAAUAAUAACUCAGCUAAAACAUUAAUUCAAGUGUAAAUUUACCUCUAAAUAAUCAUCAACGUACAAAUAACUAGCAUUCAGGCACUGUUACUACAUUAUAAACAAACAAAUUCACUAAAAUUUACACCAAAAAGUUGGGAGCAAAUAAGCAAAAGAAAAAGCAAGUCACUAAUUUGAAGAAUAACAUCACUAAUAUCACCUAGAUAAGAGGACCAUCACCUGAUCUACGAACAAGACCAAGUACCCUAUUCAAGCCUAUAGUAUCUAAACCUUAGCACAUGAAGCAAGCUUCUCAAGAAUUUAAGCCAUAGAAGGAAUUCAUGUCCAAAGGAGAAUACUUUUUGCUGCAAGGGAUAAAUCAUGAUAACUCAAUGUCAGAUUAAAAGUCUUCAGGCCCUCGAGUAAAAUUUCUGGAACAACGAGGCAGUGAAAAAUCCUUUAUGAGAAGUGAAAUAAUGGGAACACCAUAAGUUGAAGAGAUUUAAGAGAUUCAAAUAUCUCCAGUGAGCAAGCGAGAUUUUUAUAAUGGACUCUAAGUUAAUGCUUUUAGUAUAAAACAUCAAAAGGAUUCCGGAUUGGGUUUAAGCUCAAUCUUAAAUCAUGAUUAUUCAAAUAAAAACUCUUAUUGCAAUUCAUCAAAUAAAAAGGACAGUAUUAAUGUCAGACUGAAACCCCUUAGUAAUAGUAAAGUCGGAGAUGCAUAUAGCAACUACUUUUUAAAGCAUCAGGGAUCUUCUCCAAAGCUUUAAAUUUAAUUAAGUGAUGAUAAAAAAAGUUUAAUUGGGGCUGGUCUAAGAUCUUCUUCAAAUGGACAGGAUUUAGUUAAUAAAAAGAUCAGAUUAUAUCAGAACAGUUUCACAAGUAAUAAUCGAAAACUUUCACAAGAUAAUACAGGACACAAAUAAGUACCGAAUUAGUCACCUUAUAGGACAUAUGAAAGACCUGCCAAAAUACUAUCAAGCACUACUUUAUUAGAUAAUACCAAUUAUGGAGAGAACAUAGCAAAAGGAGUAAUCAAGUUUAAAAUAAAAAAGAAUUCAGAUAAAUUACUCCAAAAAGAAGCUAAUGACACUAAUUAGAGACUUGAAAAAGUCCUAAAUAAGAUACUUGCCAAUAAAAUGAAGAAUGCUAAAAAGACCAUCUUAAUUUGA